ACAGACCCAACAGGCGGGUCUAACGCCCUCUUAUCCCGCCCCCUGCUCCGCUGCUGUCCUCUCCUCUCCUGAACGCUGAAGUGUUACUAACUUCAGCCUCCAACUCUGACAAAAUGUUCAAUUUCGGCUCAAAAUUGCUGCUGCUUUUCUUGCUGGCCUUCCCUUGUGGGUUAAUAUCCAUCGGCCACGUCUCUGCAGACUCCGACUCUGCUGAGGACCCAGAUGCUGCAGUAGAUGAGGAGGAAGAUGAUGAUGAUGAUGAUGAAGAAGAGGUGCUUGUUGAGGAGGAUCAGAUACAACCAUCGGAAGGAGACGAAGAAGACUCUGACGAAGCAGCUGAUAAACUGUUAUCGUCUCACCCUGAUGCAGACACAACCAUCAUCUUCAUGACAGGAGAAGAGUUUCCUGCCAAUGAAAUUGUGAGGUUCCUGGUGGGUUUCACCAACAAGGGAAGUCAGGAUUUCACCGUUCAGUCAUUGGAGGCCUCCUUCCGCUACCCCCAAGACUUCCAGUUUUACAUUCAGAAUUUCACAGCUCUGCCUCUGAACACUGUAGUGCAGCCCCAGGCUCAGGCCUCCUUCGAGUACUCCUUCAUCCCAGCUCAGCCCAUGGCAGGUCGUCCAUUCGGUCUUGUUAUCCUUCUCAACUAUCUUGACGCUGAGGGCAGCGUGUUCCAGACUGCCAUUUACAACCAGACUGUCACCAUCACUGAGCGAGAAGAGGGCCUGGACGGAGAAACAAUGUUCAUGUACAUCUUCCUGGUUGGACUGGUGGUCCUGAUGCUCUUUGGGAUGUACCAGGUCCUGGAGACGAGGACGAGAAAGAGAAUGUCAGUGAAAAUAGAGAAGGGCACCAGUGGGAUGAAUGAUGUGGACAUCAGCUGGAUUCCUCAGGAGACUCUCAAUGUCAUGAACAAGGCUUCCCCUAAAACAUCUCCACGGAAACGAACCAAUAGGGCAGUUGGAGCAGAUCAAUAAAGCUGUCCGUUUCCAUCCAUCAUCAUACUGUACAUCACGCUUUCAAAGCUCAUUUCCUCGCCACAGUAACUUGAUUGCCUUUUACAAUGGACCAACAUUCCUGGAAUCCAAUUUCCAUCCUGAGCAAUGUGUUUUAAGAUGUUUGUAUGGAUCUCAGCCUCUCAGCCUGCUGCUCUGCUGGUAUCCUGAACUCUACUGCUCUGAUCAGAGCAUGACCAGUAGACACUAACAGGACUGAACUACAGUUCUUUUUUUAUCAGUAUGUGAAAGGUGAUUAAGGAUAAACCAAAAAGUCAUGAACAUUUUUAUGGAAAAACGAAGGGAAUGUGGUACAAACUGCCCCCCAAAAGAAAGCUGAAUACAUCAACUUUCUGCCCGUAUCAAUGCUGUAAAGUCACCAUGAUUGCAUUGGAGUUUAAUGCCAUUUUUAUUUGGAGAUUUGUUAUCAACAUUAUUAGGAUCAAAUGGAUUUUAUAACUUCAAACCAUUCCUAUUUCAUCUGUUGAAUUAGAUGAAUCCCCCUCUUCUCCAUCAUGUAAACACCACUGUGUCUUAUCUGUGCUGUAUUUGUGGUGCCCUGCAAAGACUUAAUGUCAAGAAAAAAUACAUGCAAUUUAUUAAAAGGUUUCGCCCUGAUACCCCUCUGCUUUUAACAUCCGAUUACAUGUGGCCUGAAGUUUUUAAAAGUUAAAAUUAAAUUUUUCAGUGGGGGCAAUGGCAACUGCAAUUACAACAAACACAAAGGGUAAAUUUACCUGUUUGUUUUUCACCUGACUGUUGUAAGAGGCUCAGUGGAGCAACGCUUUACUAGGUGCCAGCAAUCUUUAAGAUUGCAUGCCAUAACUUGUGGGGGGAAAAAUGUUUUUAAAAACAAUAAAAGGGUGAACAAAG